AUGAGUGCUUGUUGGUGGCUGACCUCUGCUUGCGGUACCUCCGUUGUUUCUUCACUUGAGGCAGUAAAGCACGACGGCCCGCCGCUCGCCGCGGUCUCGAUUUGGCAAGGCGGCCCGCCCGCGGCUUUUAAUGCUCGUCGCAACGGCUUCAAGCCACUGUCUGGCCUGACCUCUGCGACUUCAGCUCCCAUGCCCAGCUUGGCGCUGCUGAGCAUCUUCUUUGCCGUUUGGUGUUGCCCGAAGCCGACUUCAAUACCCAGCUGGGGCUAUGCCUGGAGGGCACAGGCCAUAGCACCAGUCGGGAGCGCGUGUGGAAGCUUCCUCAAGUCUCCUUUCCGCUUGGUGACCACCCUGCGGCUUGUGGCCACUUCCGGAUAG